GAUUCGAUAUCAUCAAACUUCAAAGUCCUCGAAAAUUGAUGAAAAUAUUAUUCUUUGAUAAUAUCGCUUUUCCUACUUUUUUCUGUAUCAAAUAACGUAAUUUGCGUAUGAAAAUAAAAUCUGAGAGGAAAGAAGUAGCACGAGCCAUCAUGACUGGUGAUUCCGAAAAAACUUACUGUUUCAAAACAGAAAAUAAAUUUCUCGUCAAAAGUGGUUGUAAAAAACGUAUGUGGCGAUCGCUGAAACAAAUAUUAACGGCUGACAGGACACUCCCGUGGCACAACGAUGCUGUUUUAUAUUACUCCAUCAACGCUCCACCUACAUUUAAACCGACCAAGAAAUAUUCAGAUAUAUCUGGGCUCCCUGCUCCAUAUAUGGACCGUCAUUCUAAGCUAUUCUACAGCAAUGCGGAAGAAUUUGCAACGGUCAGGAGUUUACCAAUGGAUAUUACAGCCGGAUAUUUACAACUGAGAGGGGCUAAUACCAUUGUAGGAUGAACAUUCUGAAACAUUCUUCAGAGUUUACAUUUUACCAAUCAGGUUUUAAACCAAUGAGCUAUGUCCAAACAUGUGAUACGGCUUGUAAAGUACUACAUCAGUCUGUCUGAUCCAUUGGUAUUGAAAAUAUAGAGAAAUUAAUUGAUUUA